AUGCUUAAGGAUACUCUCUCUCGGGCAGCACCUUUUGCUACCAAGCUUGUUCCUCCCGUAUCUGGCAUUGUGAGGGUUUUUGAGGGCAAGGGCGGACAGAAGGUCGCAAAGAUAGCAGGCAUCGCCGAGGAUGACGACUACCUCCUCCUCCGGUGUUGGGUUCCUAGAUUUAGGGAAUCUGGAAGAGGAUUUGCAGGUUGGAGCUAUUGCGGGCUAUUCUUUGCUAUGGAUGUUGCUGUGGGCGGCGGCUACGGGGCUGCUGAUCAGAUGUUAUCGAUUAAAUUUCCUCACAACGCCCCAAAUGAACUUUUAUAUGAAAGAGCUGGCUACUUGUGGGCGUGUUCUUUCUUAAAUAAACACAUCGGCAAGGGAAUAAUUCCCUCAACUCAUAUGAGAUCAAUAGCUAAGGACAUGAUUAGGGAUGGAAAAAGACUAGCCAACAAGAGCAGGUGCCCAUUGAUGUACGAGUGGAACAGUGAGAGGUACUGGGGGGCUGCCCAUGGCCUUGCUGGGAUUGUGCAUGCUUUGAUGGGUGUUAAUCUCAAUGAAGAUGACCUGAAAUAUGUUAAGGGCACCCUUAACUACAUGAUUAACAAUCGGUUCAUCAGCGGGAACUACCCAUCGAUUGAGGGAUUCAAUGCAGAUUGGCUUGUGCAUUGGUGCCAUGGUGCACCUGGUGUUGCUCUCACCCUCACCAAAGCUGCUCGGAUAAGGGAAUGA